ACGCGUUGGCCCGGGCGAGAGAUCAAAUACCUUCCAGAAUCUCUGCCCCUCCGACUUCUUUUUUUCUUCCCAUCCCUCUCUCCUCCUCUUUCUCCUCAUCACAUUUCAUUUUUGACGAAGCUUUUCUUUUUCUAAUACCAUACGAAAAGCCCAGUCUUUACACUUAUUCUCUAAUACUUCUUAAUACCCUUGUUCAGUUUUCUCAUUUGCCUUACAAAUCAAGAUGUUUGUCUACAAGAGAGACGGACGCAAGGAGCGUGUACAGUUCGACAAGAUCACUGCUCGUGUGUCAAGACUUUGUUACGGCCUUGACCCCGACCAUGUCGAUGCUGCUGCUAUUACCCAGAAGGUCAUCUCUGGUGUGUACCAGGGUGUUGGCACCGUUGAGCUUGACAACUUGGCUGCUGAGACUGCCGCAUACAUGACCGUCACACACCCCGACUACGCCAUCCUUGCUGCCCGUAUAGCCGUUUCGAACCUCCACAAGCAAACCAAGAAGCAAUUUUCCUUGGUUAUCUCAGAUCUCUAUCACUAUGUCAACCCCAAGAACAAGAAGCCCGCGCCAAUGAUUUCAAAGGCAACAUAUGAGACGAUUAUGAAACAUGCAGAUGAGCUUAACUCGGCCAUUGUCUAUGACCGCGACUUUAACUACAACUUCUUCGGCUUCAAGACUCUGGAGCGUUCAUACCUGUUGAGAAUUGACGGAAAGGUGGCCGAGCGUCCUCAGCACUUGCUGAUGAGAGUUUCGGUCGGUAUUCACGGUGACGAUAUCGAGAAGGCCAUUGAGACCUACCACUUGAUGUCCCAGAAGUACUUCACACAUGCCUCCCCGACUCUGUUCAACGCUGGUACUCCCCAGCCACAGCUCGCCUCGUGCUUCCUCGUUGACAUGAAGGAGGACAGCAUCGAGGGUAUCUACGACACCCUCAAGACUUGUGCUAUGAUCUCAAAGACUGCUGGUGGUAUUGGUCUUAACGUCCACCGUAUUCGUGCUACUGGCUCUUACAUUGGCGGAACCAACGGUUCUUCCAACGGUAUUGUUCCUAUGCUGCGGGUGUUCAACAACACUGCCAGAUAUGUCGACCAGGGUGGUAACAAGCGCCCUGGUGCUUUCGCCAUUUACCUCGAGCCUUGGCACUCGGAUGUCUUCGAGUUCUUGGAUCUCCGAAAGAACCACGGUAAGGAAGAAGUCAGAGCCCGUGACCUGUUCUUUGCUCUCUGGACUCCCGAUCUGUUCAUGAAGCGAGUUGAGGCCAACGGUGACUGGACACUCUUCUGCCCCAACGAAGCCCCCGGCUUGGCCGAUGUCUACGGCGAUGAGUUCGAUGCUCUCUACGAGAAGUACGAGAAGGAAGGCCGUGGCCGCAAGACCAUUAAGGCCCAGAAGCUGUGGUACGCCAUUCUGGAGGCUCAGACUGAGACUGGUAACCCCUUCAUGCUGUACAAGGAUGCUUGCAACAAGAAGAGCAACCAGAAGAACCUGGGAACUAUCCGCAGCUCCAACCUUUGCACCGAGAUUGUCGAGUACAGUGCUCCCGAUGAAGUUGCUGUUUGUAACUUGGCUUCCCUUGCCCUUCCUACCUUUGUUGAUGCUGCCCGUGGUGAAUAUGACUUCGGUAAGCUGCACGAGGUUGUCCGCGUUUUGGUUCGCAACCUCAACAAGAUCAUCGACAUCAACUACUACCCCGUGCCUGAGGCUAAGAAGAGCAACUUCCGUCACCGCCCCAUCGCUCUGGGUGUCAAUGGUCUUGCUGAUGCAUUCCUUGCUUUGCGUUUGCCUUUUGACUCUGCCGAGGCCAAGCAGUUGAACAUCCAGAUCUUCGAGACCAUCUACCACGGUGCCUUGACUGCUUCUGCUGAACUCGCCAAGGAGCUUGGUCCUUACGAGACUUAUCCAGGCUCGCCGGUCUCCCAGGGAAUCCUGCAGUACGACAUGUGGGACAAGACCCCCACUGAUCUCUGGGACUGGGACUCUCUUAAGGCUAAGAUUGCCCAGCACGGUGUUCGCAACAGUUUGUUGGUCGCCCCCAUGCCCACUGCCAGUACCAGUCAGAUUCUGGGCUUCAACGAAUGUUUCGAGCCUUACACCUCGAACAUCUACUCCCGCCGUGUCCUUGCCGGUGAAUUCCAGGUUGUCAACCCCUGGUUGCUCAAGGACCUGGUUGACCUUGGUCUCUGGUCUGACAAUAUGAAGAACCGUAUUAUUGCCGAGGGUGGUUCCGUUCAGAACAUCCCCAACAUCCCCGCUGACAUCAAGGCUCUGUACAAGACGGUCUGGGAAAUCUCCCAGCGAUCUAUCCUGCAGAUGGCUGCUGACCGUGGUGCCUACAUUGACCAGUCUCAGUCCCUCAACAUCCACCUGAAGGAGCCUACCAUGGGAAAGAUUACCAGUAUGCACUUCGCCGGAUGGAAGAUGGGUCUGAAGACCGGCAUGUACUACCUCCGUACCAUGGCUGCCGCCGCCGCUAUCCAGUUCACUGUCGACCAGGAGCAGCUCAAGGUUGAGGACACCAAUGUCGCUCGUGCCAACCCCUCGUUCAAGAAGCGGGCCGGUGCCACCACCGGUGGUGCUUACGCCGCUGUUCCUCGCCAGCCCAACGGUCAGAAUGAGGCUGCCAACCAAGGUGGCGAGAGCCCACGCACCCUCGCCGCUGAUGCUACUCCUGUCCCCGAUGAAGAGCAGAAGAACCGUGUCUCUCAAGAAGAGGACAGUGAGAAGACAAGCGAGCAGCGUGAGAAUGACAUCUACUCGCAAGAGGUUCUUCAAUGCAGCAUUGAGAACAAGGAGGCAUGCAUCAUGUGCCAGGGUUAAGUUUAAUGGGUUUGUUCAUUCGGCGCUCGGGAGGUUUGGGUGUAUCUAUAUUAUGAGAUUGAUGGACAUUUUUCGUUUGUACUUUUUGUUGUGGUCUUUCUGUGAUUACAAGGCGUGGGUUUACUGGAAAACGUUAUAUAUGGACCUUGG